AGUGGCUGUACUGUUGCUCGCCUGCUCGGUGCUGCUCGGCUCACUGUUAGCAAUGGCGCUGCGGGCUGGCCAGCUCCUCUCUCCUCGUCUCUUCCUCGUCUCGGCUUGGCUUUUGCUCGCUAGCGGACCUCAUUCGGUUCUCUCUUGUCCGAGUCGCUGUUUAUGUUUCCGAACCACGGUGCGAUGUAUGCAUCUGAACCUGGAAACUGUACCGGCAGUCUCUCCUCAGACCACCAUUCUGGACCUGAGAUUCAACAAAAUCAAGGAUUUACAACCUGGAUCUUUUAGCCGAUUAAAGAACCUCAACACACUCCUCCUUAACAACAAUCAUAUACGAAGAAUCCCCAAGGGGGCAUUUGAAGAUCUGGAAAAUCUCAAGUAUCUCUAUUUGUACAAGAAUGAAAUCCAAUCAAUUGACCGACAAGCGUUUAAGGGGCUUGUCUCUCUUGAGCAACUGUACCUCCAUUUCAACAAUAUCGACUCACUGGAACCAGAAUCAUUCAGUCAUCUACCAAAGCUUGAACGACUGUUUUUGCACAACAACAGAAUCACCCAGCUAGUCCCAGGGACCUUCUCUAAUCUGCAGGCCAUGAAACGACUGCGACUGGAUUCCAAUGCGUUGAACUGUGACUGUGAGUUGCUGUGGCUGGCUGACCUGUUGAAGCAGUAUGCAGAGUCAGGAAAUGCCCAAGCUGCCGCCACGUGCGACUACCCAGCCCGCCUUCAGGGAAGAUCAGUGGCGACACUAACCGCCGAGGAACUGAGCUGCGAGGUGCCCAGGAUCACCUCAGAGCCUCAGGAUGUGGAUGUUACAUCAGGAAACACAGUCUACUUCACCUGCAGGGCUGAGGGCAACCCUAAACCACAGAUUAUCUGGCUGCGGAACAACAAUGCUCUUAACAUGCGAGACGACAGUCGUCUGAACCUGCUUGAGGACGGGACGCUCAUGAUUCAGAACACAAGAGAAACUGACCAAGGAGUCUAUCAGUGCAUGGCCAAAAAUGUGGCAGGGGAGGUCAAGACCUCAGAGGUCACACUGCGAUAUUUCGGAGCCCCAUCACGGCCGAGUUUUGUGAUCCAGCCGCAGAACACGGAGGUGCUCGUCGGUGAGAGUGUGACUUUGGAGUGCAGUGCUACAGGCCAGCCACAACCCCGGAUCUCCUGGACCAAAGGAGACCGAACACCACUUCCAAACGAUGCUCGUAUCAACAUCACCCCCUCUGGAGGGCUAUUCAUUCAAAAUGUGGUCCAGGCAGAUGGAGGACAGUACACCUGUUUUGCCUCCAACAAUGUUGAUACCAUUCACGCCACAGCUUAUAUCAUCGUCCAAGCAAUACCACAAUUAACAGUGACACCACAAGAUCAGUCGGUCCUUGAAGGGCACACAGUGGACUUCCCCUGCGAGGCGACAGGUUACCCCCAGCCGGUUAUUGCUUGGACACGUGGGGGCAGUCCGUUACCUUUGGACCGCCGUCACUCUGUCCUGUCAACUGGUACUCUUCGUAUCACUCGUGUGGCCGCCCACGAUGAGGGUCAGUACGAGUGCCAGGCAGUCAGCCCAGUAGGGACUGUGCACACCGCCGUGCAGCUCAGCAUCCAACAGAGAGUAACGCCUGUUUUCACAAAUGCUCCAAGGGAUGUGACGGUGGAGUCUGGCCAGGACGUCCAGAUUCCCUGCAGUGCUCAGGGCCAGCCACAACCUGUCCUCACCUGGAACAAGGACGGCGUGCAGGUGACAGAGAGCGGUAAAUUCCACAUCAGCACUGAGGGUUUUUUAGAGGUGAAGGAUGUGGGCACCGCUGAUGCCGGCCGCUAUGAGUGUGUGGCCCGCAAUCCCAUUGGCUAUCAGGUCGCUAGCAUGGUGCUAACAGUCACAGUUCCAGCAGUGAGCAGAGAGGGCGACACCUUUGUGAGCACAUCCAUCGAGCAGGCAAUCCGUAAUGUGGACAGCGCCAUCGAGUCUACAAGGAGACGUCUGUUUGAUGGUCAGCCCCGUACUCCAGGAGAGCUCCUUGCUCUUUUUCGUUAUCCUCGUGACCCCUACACGGUGGAGCAGGCUCGAGCUGGCGAGAUCUUCGAGCAGACUCUUCUUCUCAUCCAGAACCACGUCAACCAGGGUCUCAUGGUCGACACAAACGGCACUGAAUUUCGCUACAACGACUUGGUAUCGCCACACUUUCUUGACGUGAUUGCCAACUUGUCCGGCUGCACAGCCCACCGCCGUUUUAACAACUGCUCAGACAUUUGCUUCCACCAGAAAUACCGCACUCAUGACGGCACUUGCAACAACCUUCAGCACCCCAUGUGGGGUGCCUCGCUCACCCACUUUGAGCGACUGCUGAAAUCUGUCUACGAUAAUGGUUUUAAUCUGCCAAGGGGAGCCACUGAGCAAGCACACAGUGGCUACAGGCUGCCACUGCCGAGGCUGGUGUCCACCACCAUGAUUGGAACAGAGACCAUCACUCCAGAUGAGCAGUACACCCACAUGCUGAUGCAAUGGGGUCAGUUUCUGGACCAUGACUUGGACUCCACUGUGGCGGCCCUCAGCCAGUCACGCUUCUCAGAUGGCCAGCUGUGCACGCAGGUGUGCACCAAUGACCCACCUUGCUUCCCCAUCCAGUUCCCUCCCAAUGAUGCACGGCAGCUCCGAAGCGGUGCACGCUGCAUGUUUUUUGUGCGCUCCAGCCCCGUGUGUGGCAGUGGGAUGACAUCUCUCCUAAUGAACAGCGUGUACCCAAGAGAGCAAAUCAACCAGCUCACUUCUUACAUCGACGCCUCAAACGUAUACGGUAGUUCACGACAUGAAUCUGAGGAGAUCCGGGAUUUGGCCAGCCAAAGGGGUUUACUCCGACAAGGGAUUAUCCAGCGCACGGGGAAGCCACUGCUUCCUUUUGCCACCGGGCCACCCACCGAGUGCAUGAGGGAUGAAAAUGAGAGUCCAAUACCAUGCUUCUUGGCCGGAGACCACCGUGCCAACGAGCAGCUGGGUCUGACUGCCAUGCACACAGUGUGGUUCAGGGAACACAACCGCAUAGCCACAGAACUACUGAGGCUAAACCCCCAUUGGGAUGGAGACACCAUCUACCAUGAGGCCAGGAAGAUAGUAGGAGCCCAGAUGCAACACAUCACAUAUAGUCACUGGUUGCCAAAGAUCCUAGGCGAGGCAGGCAUGAAGAUGAUGGGGCCGUACACAGGUUAUGACCCCAAUAUUAACGCGGGCAUCCUCAAUGCUUUCGCCACUGCGGCAUUCCGCUUCGGGCACACCCUCAUUAACCCGAUACUCUACAGGUUGGAUGAGGACUUCCAGCCCAUCCCCCAAGGUCACAUCUCCCUGCACCGGGCCUUCUUCUCCCCCUUUCGCAUCGUGAACGAGGGUGGCAUUGACCCACUGCUCCGCGGGCUCUUUGGCGUGGCGGGUAAAAUGCGAGUCUCCUCGCAGCUACUCAAUACAGAGCUGACCGAGAGGUUGUUUUCUAUGGCCCACGCUGUAGCGUUGGACCUGGCAGCCAUGAACAUACAGCGAGGAAGAGAUCACGGCAUACCGCCAUAUAAUGAUUACAGGACGUUCUGUAACUUGACAUCGGCUCAGAGCUUUGAGAAUUUGAGGAACGAGAUUAAGAAUCCCAAUGUCAGAGAAAAAUUGCAGAGGUUGUAUGGCACUCCGCUGAACGUCGACCUGUUCCCCGCCCUGAUGGCUGAAGACCUGGUCCCUGGCAGUAGACUCGGACCUACCCUCAUGUGUCUGCUGGCAUCUCAGUUUAAACGCCUUCGAAAUGGAGACAGAUUCUGGUAUGAAAACCCUGGCGUGUUCACUCCUGCCCAGCUGACCCAGCUGAAGCAGGCCUCUUUGUCUCGGGUACUGUGUGACAACGGAGAUAACAUCACACGAGUCCAGCAUGAUAUCUUCAGGGUGGCAGAGGUGCCGCAUGGCUAUGGUAGCUGUGAUGACAUCCCACAGAUUGACCUGCGCAUGUGGCAAGACUGCUGCGAAGAUUGCAGAACCAAGGGUCAGUUCAACGCACUGUCCUACCACUUCAGAGGGCGCAGGUCAGCAGAGCACAGCUACAAAGACAGCAAACCUGUCGACAGCGUCAAGCAAAACAGGCACAUGGAGGAAGCCGGAGGAAGCCUUGUCAAUGUUACUGUGACUUCCAAAAAAAGCACUGAACCCUCAAUCAAUGACUUCCAGGACUUUGUCUCUGACAUGCAGAAGACGAUCAAAAGUUUACGAAAACAGAUUAAGCGACUGGAAGCCCGUCUGAGCAAGACUGACUGCACUGACAGAAACAGGAAUGAGCGGACAGAUGGAGAGCAGUGGAAAGAGGACCCAUGCACGCAAUGUGAAUGCAAGGACGCCAGGGUCACCUGCUUUGUGGAGUCUUGUCCGCCAGCUCGGUGCAAACAGCCUGUCAAGCUAAAAGGCGCCUGCUGCCCCAUGUGCCUGGAUGUUGCCGAGGGGCAAAAAGCAGACAGCAGCCAUGAAUAAGCCUCAGGACCUGUCGACAAUCACACUCUUAGUGUCUGAAACAGCCACAGAGAGGAGGAGACUCUUGAAGGUGUCUGUGGCCACCAGUAGCCUCAAAACACCCAAUAGCCUCAAUUUUUUGUUCUCUUGUAUUCAUUUUUGAACAGGGGAGAGGGUUUGGUUAUUUUUGUUAUCGUUGCCUCCUCUGGGGCUCUCCUUGAUCUGCUCCGAGAGACGAUGAAUGCUCCCCGAGGCCUUCGCAGUGCAACAAUUUAGGCUGUUUGACCCCCUUUGGUGUCACAUCACAGGGUCCAUUGCCAUCAACCUGCAGGAAAGGGAAGUCGAUUGAGAGGAGGCAGCCAUUUUUGUUUGCUCACAAACGUUUCUCAGGUUAGAGAUGCCAAAAACUGGUGCUAUUUUACCCCUUAUGAAUGAAUUAAUCACUAAAUACCUUCAAAGUAUUGUCUUUUGUAUGAAAAAGCAACCUAUAUCCACUUGGUAUCUGCCUUUUUAAUGCUAAAUCACAAUUGAGAAGAUCAUUUUAUUCAGUGUAAAUGACUUUUUAUAAAUAGUUAGAUCUUUUAUUCUAAGGUGCUUCGUGUCUUUAUUCAUGUUAUAACUGCAUUUCUUUCUUUUUUUAUACAAAUGAACAUAAUGUGAAGCCCUAUGGAAAAUUCUAAUGCAAAAAAAAGAGAUAUCUACUGAUUUCUGCCGACCGUCAUAUUGUGAACUUUGUCCCAGUAUUUUCCUCAGUCUGCAAACGCCAAGUGUUAGUUAGAAACAUCUAGACUGUGCGUGCGCGUGUGUGUGUGUGUAUGUGUGUGUGCGUAUGAAACCAUGUUAAAGUAUGGUUUCAUCUGUGGUGCUGUUCAAUCUACCACCGCAAUAUUUGUUAUCCUAGCGUCUUUAGUCCACACUACUCAUAACUGAAGGACUGCAAUGAUUACUGUUGACUGUUCUCCUUUCCUGCCUUGGGCCUGCAGCACUGGAUUACAAAUUGCAUGCAUUCUAUUGCCAAAUUUACAUGAAAUGUUUGAUCAUGUGUGUUCACUUCAAGGGGCGUAUUGCCCGGUUGAGAGUCCUCUUUCGAGAGAAUUGUCCCGCUUGUGUUUCUUUGCCAAACUCUGUUCACAGCUGGCUUACGUCAUUGAGCAGAACAUGCUGCUUAGCGCAGGCUUCUUUAACCCUCUGACCCUCAUUCCGCCAUAAUGGAAGCCAUAUGCGAGGUGGGAAGGGUGCAGACCAUUGGGAUAGAGUGACAAUCAAAACACGUUUCCUCCAUCGUAAUACCAUGCAAUCAGACAGACAGCAGUGCUUGUACACAUGUAUUAAACAUAGACCGCCGCUCACUUAUGUAAAACAAAUCCAUGUUUUUGUCUUCCUGUUUUGUGGCCAAGCAGCCGCAGUGUUGCCCUCCAUUGUUUUCUUAAUGCGGUAACGUCCAAAGCAAGCAUCUGUCAUUAAACCGAAAUAAUACUGUCUGGAAUGUUCCAUUCAGGACAGGUUUUUACAUGAAACUGUGUGUUUACAGUUGUAUAUUUACAUGUACCAGCAAAUAGACCCUUAUGUAGUCUAACAAGUCCUCCUGUGUGUGUUAGUUGUACUGAAUGUAGUGUUCUGAUGAAUAUUCCCAAAUGUGUGUGUCCUUAGCUCAUUAACAGCAAAAUGCAAUUUGGCACCAAGUUCCAAAGUUGGGUGCCAAAGCACUGUGACGUCUGUUACCUGGGAAAAAUGUUGUCAGUAGUGUUUUUCUUUUUUUACAGUAACCUUCCCUUUUUCCCGUCUUAAAUAACUCCCAAGUGUCAAUGGAAUGCACUGUUUUGCAAGACUGAACAUACCUUACCAACACUGUCCCUUUACAAGUGGUCAGUGUGGCUCUGCUAGUACCUAUCAUGACAUUUGUAUUGUAUGUUUGCCAAAGAAUGGUUUGCACUGUUAUGUAUGCCUCUCAACAGUAAUAAUAAAAAAUAAGCCACAUUUGC